UUAUGGCAACGAGAAAACGAAGCUAAGCAACAUAAUAUGACGAAUAUGUUUAGUAAGCAGUUUGCAACUGUUAAUGCAGGUCUCAGGCAAGUAAAUAAUGUAGUAUAUGAAGAUGUACAGACUAGAACGAUUUUUGCCAAAAUCAUAUAAGGAACAGCAAGAGAAAAAAUCUGACGGCAGAUGGAUCCAGGCAAACAUAAAGUUAACCUGUCCCAAACAUGAACCAGAGGAAAAAGCAUGUAGAUGUAAACGUCCAGAAGAGGGUCACCCGAGGCAGUACCCGUGUGACGUGUUUGGUGUGGAGAAGACGGGCAAUCAUAAAACAAAGUAUGUCCGUAUCGAUAGAGAACAAAUGGACAAAACAGUCGACCUUCUAUUGAAUAUAUGGAAGCUACCUAAACCUAGAUUUAUUAUUGCCUUUGUUGGUGGAAAUAAUGAAAAUACGGAAGUACCUAAAGGAUUUUGCAUGGGACUUACUGACUUGGUAGAAAAGCUAGAUAUGUGGGUUGUAACAGAUGGAACUACGUCUGGCAAUGGUGCUUUGAAUCAUAUAGUUAAAGCCUUGAAAGGAACCAUGUUAACAGGGGACCCUUUCUCAAAGUCAUCUCGACUUAUUGGUGUAAUCCCCUGGAGCCAAUUUGUGUCUAAACACAAGGAUAAACUACUUUUUUCCGAGGAGCCGAAAGACGAUAUUCCAUUCCUUGAUCGAAACCAUACUCACUUUUUAUUCCUGGACGACGAAAGUACAAAAGAUGGCGAUGAUGAAAACAGUGACGUCUAUGAUUAUGAGUCUGAUACGGACUAUAGUGAAAGUGAUUCGGAAGAUUAUGCCAAAGGGGAAACUGAUGUUGAAUGUGGUACUGAACGUGAGAAUGAUGCAGAUGUUGCAAAUGACGAUGUUACAGAAGAUACAAAUGGCGACGAAAAUAUCACAGAAGAAACAGAUUUUAAUGAUGAAAAUAUCAAAGAAGUAAAUGGUAAAGAAGAAGCAAGUCGAGUAAAUACUGGGGAUAAUGAUGUCGAUACUAAUGGUACAAAAGUUCUGACAGAUGCUGAAAUUGUAAAACAGAGAACAGAAUUUCUUUUCAAAUUGAAGAAAGGCCUGGAUGACCGUUUGUCUAAGAACAUUCCAUUAUUGUUGUUCGUUAUAAAAUUGGAGCCUGGUGUUAUUGGUGCAGUAUUAAAAGCCAUCGACAACAAGUGGCCAAUAAUAUUAAUAAAGGGGGUUCAUGACACUCCAAACAAAAAUAAGGAGAAUAAGGAGAAUGGGUCGAAAAAUGUGACCCAAGACAAAGAAGACAUAUGUGGUAUACUGGCAGAAGCUUUAGGGGAAAAAGACAAAGAUAAAGGAAAGCAAAAGAUUCUGGAGCUCAAGUUAGAUUGGUUGGAACCUCAUAUUGAAAAGUUAUUUGAGAAUAUGUACUUGAUUACAUGUUUGGACGUGCAUCAAAAGGACAUUGGAAGUGUUGUAAAGGAUUCAAUAUUAAAAGGUAAGUAUGCUGGAGAACAAAAGAAUAUGGAACACACGGAUACGUUACGGUUAAUGAUACUAUGGAAUACAGUUAAGGAAGCAGAAGAUAUAUUAGACAAACAUGUAAAACAAGUAAAGCCAUAUAUGAACAAACCAAUGUUCGAUGCAACCAGAGAAAGGCGUGUCGCAUUUAUUGAAUUAUUCACUAAUUAUGGCAUUGACGUUGACAAGUGCAUCACGGUUGGGAAACUGAAAAAGUUGUAUCACCAAGAAACAUCGGCGAUGAAAAUAUUGGAGAAUAAGAAAUUUGUCAGGAAACUGCGUAAGCUUGGGUAUACUCUUCCUGGCAUUAUUUUAGUUAAAAGAAAAAUGACAAUCCCCGAGACGAAGAAGAGUAAGGAAAACUGUAGAUGUAUAGAUUUGUUUGUAUGGAGUCUCGUCAUAAGAAAUAAAGACUUGGCUAAAUUAUUUUGGUUAGAAUUAGAGGAACCAUUAGCAGCUGCCAUUUUCGUGAAUGGGUUUUGUGAGUUAGUGACUGAUGUUUUGGGUGACAAUGAAAAGGAAAAUUUAGCAGAGUUCAACAAGAUUAAUGACGAAUUUACAGGUUUGGCAGUAUACGUCAUUAAUUCAUUUUACGAGGAUAAGAAGUCUUAUCACAUCCUAACACGUCAGUUACCUAAUUGGGAAAAGAAAACUUGUUUGCACCUUUCCGCAAAGGUUAGAAAUAAAAGGUUCAUAUCCCAAACACCGUGCCAGGACAUACUUGAUACAAGAUGGGGGAAUGACGUAUCUGUAAUAACGUGUUUAAUAACGACUUUGCUACUAAUUAUCGCCAUGCCGAUUACAUUGCUAUGCCUUAUAUGUAUUGAGGACCUACGAGAAGAAAUGCUAUGUUAUUUUUCCAAACCUAAAGUAAAGUAUAUCAUAAAUGCAGGAUCCUACUUUGUGUUUUUGGGCGUGUUUAGUUAUUACAUGUUGGUUUCGUUUAAGCCGUCUUUCUCGAGUAAUGAAGGUGUGCUCUGUUUCUGGGUGUUCACUUUCCUCUGCGAAGAGAUUCGACAGUUUUCAGAGCGCCGUAACGACGACAGUAUUACAAAUAUAGGUUUCUGGAAUGUAUUAGAUUUUAUAGCAAUAAUCGCUUUUACUAGCGGGAUGAUUCUUCGUGCAUAUGAGGACAGUUUUGAGUUGUCCAGGGUUGUAAUGUGUUUCGUCCUGCUUGUUUAUUUUAUCCGUGUGCUGUAUAUAUUCCUGGGAUCUGUAAAAUUAGGACCACAGUUGGUAAUGAUUGGCCGAUUGGUAACCCAGGACUUACUUCCCUUUGUGUUAAUAAUACUGAUAUUUGUUGUUGCAUAUGCCAUUUCAUCCGAGGCUCUUUUAUAUCCAAACGCUAAAUUAUCGUGGAAGCUACUUUACCACCUACCAAGGAAGGCCUACUGGCAAAUCUAUGGGGAAUUAUUUUUGGAGGAUAUUGAAGGAGAGAGUCAGUGUACCAAUGAUCCUAACCUGUAUGAUGACUACGACCAAUUAAGAUGUCCAACUGAAGUGGGGAAGUAUAUAGCACCAGUGUUACUCGCAAUUUACAUCUUCCUGAUCAAUGUUUUACUGCUGAAUCUCCUCAUAGCCAUGUUCAGCUCAACCAUAACAGCCAUCAUGGACGAUUCGUAUCCACACUGGGGUUAUCAACGUUACGAACGUGUCACGGAAUACGAAACAAGACCAAUUCUUCCACCUCCUUUUAUAUUCUUCGAGCAUCUGUAUAGACUAAUUGUCUGCAUACGUUCAUGUGACUGUAAGAAUAAAGUAGACCAAGAACCAAAAAAGGACAAGCAUGGUGAAGCACUCACCGAUGAAGUAAACCGAUCUUACUCUCGUGCUGAAAAGAGCAAGGCUAAAAAGUGUGUAGAUCUACUGAAAACAAAUCCACAACUUGUUCAAAAUAAUUAUAAUCAUCUUCCAAAUACAAACAGACACCAACUUACCGAAUGGUCAGCAACAACUGAUAAAGAAGAUAAACGCACGACAAUACCAAGUAAGAUGGUUGAAAAAAGUGAUGUUUAUUAUGAUGAGGAUGAUAAAGUCGAUGAAGUGGACCAUAGUGUAAAUUAUGAGGAUGCAAAUGAUAAUAACAAAACUCGCAGGUCACCCAUUACUAAUGAUACGUAUCAGUCAAGGGCGACGUCGGGAAGAGUUGAUAUUCACCAAUCCUUAUCACAGAUUGAAAAAAACAUUCAGCACCUGGAACAAAAGAUUGACUCUAUGUACACAUCGAACCGAAGGGACGAACUUAAACUGAUUUUAGACGAGAUUAAAAAGAUUGACUCUAUGUACACAUCGAACCGAAGGGACGAACUUAAACUGAUUUUAGACGAGAUUAAAAAGAUAGAAGCGGGACAGAAAUCGUCCGACAGACAACCAAAAACAGUUACACCAGAAAUACCAGAGCAGGAUGAUGAUUAUGAUGAUGACUACCUAUAUAAUGAUCUCCCAACCUAUCUUCCAUACAGGGGACAAGCCAAGAAUAAACUUUUACACAGUUCGCUGUGUUUUUCAAACCUGGCCGAAUAUCAGCGCUUACAACGUCUAGCAGUUUUUAGGAAAUCGAAAAAGAAAAAGACCAAGAAAACAAAAACAGAUGCCGAGGAUGUCACAAAUACAUUGUAAGCCUUUAACCCCGUUUCCUAGACCGCAAAACAUUAGUUUGUAUAUCGAGUAGGAUAGAAUUAAUAUUACAAAUAGUUGUCGAUCAAGGUUAGGGCUAACGUCAUUUUCGGUUAGAUUUAUAAUAUUAAACGGUUAUCAUUCUUCUACAUUAUUAUUUUAUUAAUUUUAUUGUUAUGAUUACAUAAAUAAGUAUAUUCUUUUAGAAUAGUGAACUGUUAUCAUUUUAUAAUUUUAUAAGUAAAUUACGGUAGUAUUGUUUUAUUUUUAGUAUUGAAUGGUUAUCAUUUGUUUUAUUUUAAUGAUUACAUUAAUAAGUAUAUUAUGAAUAUUUAAAAUAUUGAACUGUUAUUUUAUUUAUUAUUUUAUAUUGAUUAUUAAAUUUGUUAGUUUAUUAUGGUAGUAUUGUUUUAUUUAUAAUAUUCGAUAGUAUUGUUUUAUUUCUAAUAUUAAAACACGUUCUACAUAA